GUAUUAUUAACAGUAGCUACGCAAUUACCUAACACCAUAUUCCAUUGGUUUACUGACCACAACCCAUUUAAUUAAUAUUAAGAAGUGUGAUGAUUGUACAUUUUAUAACAUUGUUUUAUUUAGCUUUUGUCAGAGAGGAAGAGGCGAUGCCAUCUAUGUUGUUGUUGAUUUGGAACAGAACCCUCCCCUGGACUUCCUGGAACCGCGCAGGGCUUUGUGGGGCUUGUUUACUUUACAACCAAGAGACGCCGGUCAACUCGGGAGCUGCUAGCCCGAUAUGACAUGUGAUGGUUUGGAGGAAAAUAAACGCGUUUUGUGAAAAAACAAAAUGGAAAUUCACAUACUGCCAAGUUUGCUGGUGUUGUCUUUCAUAGCUACCGCUUUCGGCGAUGGUGGUGAGCUGACGUUAGUUCAGGAGUUGUCUGCUAAGCCGGCCCAGAAGCUGUCUAGAUACGGUUGGUAUGGCAACAUCAGGCUGACCAUGUUCCGUAUCCCGGACGACACCGUCGCCGCCCGCUGGCUGUUCACUGUAACCAGGGGCAGCGGUUUCCACUGUGGAACACACAACGUCACCAUGUAAGUCUAUGACAAUAAU